AUGCGGAGGAAAUCGAGGAUACUGAUAUGUUUUGCGGUGCUGUGGGUGCUGGGGAUAGCCUACUACUUCUACUCGGGGACAGCGUUGAGUCGAAAGGAUGACGUGGGCUCCAGUGACUCGUCCAGUAAGAGCAAAGCUCACAUGUCUGAGUACAAGACUCACAGCCUGGAGACUCUGCCGCCAGGUAAGGUGCGCUGGCAGGAUUUUGACCAGGAUCUGUACGUUGGAGCCACGGUGGUCCGACCGGGUCAAGAUCCGUACGCCAGGAACAAGUUCAACCAGGUGGAGAGUGACAAGCUCCGUAUGGACAGAGCCGUGCCUGAUACGAGACAUGACCAUUGCAGACAUAAACAAUGGAAGUCAGACCUGCCGGCCUCCAGCGUCGUCAUCACUUUCCACAAUGAAGCUCGCUCUGCUCUGCUGCGGACUGUGGUCAGUGUCCUGAAGAAAAGUCCAUCUCACCUGGUCAAAGAGAUCAUUCUGGUUGACGACUACAGUGAUAACGCGGAGGACGGAGCGCUGCUGGGCAAGAUUGAAAAAGUGCGCGUGCUGAGAAAUGACCGCAGAGAAGGACUGAUGCGUUCGAGGGUCCGUGGUGCAGACGCCGCCACGGCACCGGUCCUUACAUUCUUGGACUCUCACUGUGAAUGUAAUGACCACUGGCUAGAGCCGCUACUGGAGAGAGUGGCUGAGGACAAGAGCAGAGUAGUUUCUCCUAUCAUUGAUGUCAUCAACAUGGACAACUUUCAGUACGUAGGAGCCUCAGCUGAUCUGAAAGGAGGUUUUGACUGGAAUUUGGUGUUUAAAUGGGACUACAUGACUCUAGAGCAGAGACGAGGCAGACAAGGCAACCCCAUCGCCCCCAUAAAGACUCCAAUGAUAGCAGGAGGUCUAUUUGUCAUGGAUAAGGAAUACUUUGAGCUUCUGGGAAAGUAUGACAUGAUGAUGGAUGUAUGGGGAGGAGAAAACCUUGAGAUCUCGUUUCGGGUGUGGCAGUGUGGCGGCAGUCUGGAGAUCAUCCCCUGUAGCAGAGUUGGCCACGUCUUCAGAAAGCAACAUCCUUACACCUUCCCUGGGGGCAGCGGGACUGUGUUUGCAAGGAACACGAGGAGAGCAGCAGAGGUGUGGAUGGAUGAGUACAAAAACUUCUACUAUGCUGCUGUCCCCUCAGCAAGAAAUGUGCCCUACGGAAAUAUCCAGAGUCGAAUGGAGAUGAAGAAGAGAUUAGGUUGCAAGCCAUUCAAAUGGUACCUGGAGAAUGUCUACCCUGAACUGCGAGUCCCAGACCACCAGGACAUAGCGUUUGGAGCCUUGCAGCAGGGAGGAAACUGUCUGGACACCCUGGGUCAUUUUGCUGACGGGGUGGUGGGGGUCUAUGAAUGCCACAACGCUGGGGGAAACCAGGAGUGGGCCCUGACUAAGGAUAAGUCAGUCAAACACAUGGACUUGUGUCUGACUGUGGUGGACAGAACGGCCGCCUCCCUCAUCAAACUACAAGGGUGUCGAGAGAACGACAGCAGACAGAAAUGGGAGCAGAUUGAGUCCAACUCCAAGCUUCGUCACGUGGGCAGUAACCUCUGUCUGGACAGCCACAGUGCCAGGAUGAGCGGACUCACUGUGGAGGUCUGCAGCCUGACCCUCAGCCAACAGUGGAAGUUCACCCUCAAUUUACAAUCAUAGGGGGCGCUACAGGCCCUGGAAAGAGCUGGAUAUCAGAUAGGGACACCAACAUAGACUCUGAGACACAGACAAAGAGAUGGAAAUAGACUCGAGGAGAAAGACAUACUUGAUGGAUAAAUGGAUCCCUCUUGCUCCUCCUCCUCAGCGGUGUAGCCAGUCACAUCUAUACACCUCUCCCCCACACUUACCCCUCCCAAAAUAACAAAGAGCCACACCCACUGGGGGAGGGGCUUGCAGACCAUAAUGGAGUAAACCCGUAAACUGACUGUAUCUGGUGGAUGGAUGGUGACAGUGAUGAUCAUGAUGAGGCUAAAAGCUUUCCAUCCAAACUACAUACCUCAGUGUUUUUUCAUUGAUGGUUCCAGAGGCAAAUAUUGUUCUUUUACUUUCUUUAAUGCUGGUGAGGUAGAACUCGUUUUACUUUGUAAUUAUUUUAUUUACUUAUUAAUAUUUUUUAUUUCUUGCUGUCAACUCUCCGGAGGUUUGGCAGGAGCUUUUUUUCACUCUUGAAAGAAUGGGACUCUGGUGUUGUUGCUCCUCUACGGUGCUCUCUCUUUGUUUCACCACACUGAGCUAGAGCCUGUCCCGGCAGACGGAGGCUUUAGGUUGUGGUUUGGAUGAGGUUUGGGUGAAGAGGUGAUGUGAAGGGAGGAAAUGAACUCGAUUCCUUGAGCUUUUCCUCUCGCUUCGUCUCAUUUGUUCACAGGAUCAACGGAGAAAAGAGAGGCAAGUGGACAGAAGAAUGCGGUCUGUUCUGCUUUGAUUUCUACAGUUUUCCCUUCAGAUUGGGUUUUGGGGAGGGCGAGGGUGUUCAGGGAAGAGCUUCUCUGUUUUGGAUGGGGCCUGACACCGGUUUGGUUUGGCCGGAGGUGCAGUUCCUGAAACCAGGAAGUGUCUUGAAGCCACCCCUCAGGAUUUACUGUUUGUCGUCAGGCUGUAGCACUGGCUGCCACAGCAUCUUCACUUCUACACCAUUAUGUCUCUAAAGAAAUCAACAGUCUUUUUUGUUUUUGUUUACUUUUGUCAAAAAAAAUGGAACCAAAUUUCGAAUGGAUGUUUUUGUGUUUUUGAGCGAUUGAAAAAGGUUUUCUUUACAUACUCUCGCUGCUCUCUUAACUGCUCCCUGUGGAACGGCUCAGUUUAUACAUCUUCUUUUCCUGCACAGAUCAUUUUCUUUGCCGAUGUCUAAUAUUGUCAUUGUAGGAAGGUUACUGUCUAAUAAUCGCAUCCAAACUGGAUUUAAUAUUGCAGCUUUUUCUCUAGAGAUAACAGGUGUUGGCUGCAAAAGCAUACCAGUGACAUUUAUAUUACCACCACCCCGAGAUACCCACACAUGACAUGACUGAGAUGUUUGUUUCUGUACUUUCAGCACACACACACACACACACACACACACACACACACACACACACACACACACACACACACACACACACACACACACACACACCUGCCUGCUCUUGCACAGCAAUAGAAGGAAACGGUAGCGCUCAUAUGUGGCUAACAUUCCAGACCUGACAUCAGAGGUAAAAGUAAAACCUUGCUUAUUCCAGUCUGGGAACAGAUGUCGUGCAAAAAAAAAUAGUUUUAAACUGUAUGAAAUGUGCAUGUGCACAUGUUUUGAAAAGCUCCUUCUAGCUGCAUGUAUCACCAACCAGCUCCCACAGGGUUGCCCAGCUUUUUUCUUCAUUGUGCCUGUUAGAUCAGCCAUCUGUUCAGUAAGUUGAAACCGCAAUAAACAAGGUUUUACUGUUUGUCCUCACUUGGUUUCUGCAAGACGUGAGCAUAUUUUACUGAUUGCACAAGUUUUUGAUGAUAAAAAUUACUGAUGAGAACACUUCUUGUUUAUUUUGGCGAGCUACUUUAUUCUGUGGAACAAGGUGUUGGUGUCACCAAAACAGUAUCACUGAUACUAUUUACAGUACAUGUAUCUGUUUGGUACUUCAUUACCUGAUGCCUGUUGUGCAUCUUUCAACAUUAUUCGCUCCUGGGCUUCAACAUGGGUUCAUCUUAACUGCUAUGCUCCUCUGUACAGUCACUGAUGAGUAAUGAUGGUACAGUUUGGGGAAAUUGAAUUUGGAGUGACUCAUUUCGUGGCAGCUUCAAGGCAACUACAUUAACACAAAACAUCUUUGAACAGAUGAAGAACAGAAAUGGCCUUUAGAAAUCACAUAUUUCCUAAUUUAUUCUAGAAAGAAGUUGCAGCCUCAAGUGUUCUUUAAUGUCAAAACUUCUCUCGGUGUCUCAAUAUGUCUCUUCCUCUCUCACUUUCACAUCUUUACUUUCAAAUGUUGAUUUCUUUGUUUUACUGUGUUAGCGAAGCGGACAAAGACAGCUGGUCAUGUGUGCUGCGUUGUCUGAUACUUUACCAUCCUUUGUUUCAUGUCUUUGUUUUAUGCCAUUUUUCCUUGUACCUGAUUGUUUGUAUUGUCUUAUACACUCACACGAUUGUAAGGCGAGUGAGUGGAGUUGAAAAGGUCAGCUGACACUGCAGGUGGUUGGAAAGCUUAUCCUGUGACUUGAUAGGUCGCUGCAUUGUUCUGUGAGGCUCGGCAGACCCGAGGGUGAGUCUAGUUCUCAUGGUGACCAGACUCGAAAGGCCCAAUUCUAAUUUUAAUGUUUUAGGUACACUAAUUAAACAAAUUAGUUUUUUUUUGCCAUUCUGUUUGAAAACUUGCACAAAAUAUGUAACAUUUUCAGUUUUGACUUAAUUUCUUAAGAAUGUUGCAAAUCCAUAAUUGGAAUACUGAAGAGCUGAUUGGAAUUUAAGUUGUACAUUGUGCAUCCAAAGACUGUAAACAGUAUCUGCAGUCACACACGUGGUGUUGUAGAUCAAACAGCCUAAACUUCAUAAUUCAUAGGGCAGGUCUGAGAUAAGUUGGGUGCAGGUUCUGUCAUUGUUAAUUAAUUAUUCCUUUACAUCUCCUUCAUAUCAAACAUCCUUAAGAAGAUCAUUUAUCAUCAAAUUUAGAUGCUUAUAUGUUGCUUACUGUUUAGUUAGAUGAAAACCUAAAAACCUGGUGGUCUUCAUUUUCAAAGUAUCUGGCUCUUGACUUUGUCAGUGAGGACAACGUGAUGUUUUUAGUGGUGUAUAGUGCCCUCUAUUGUCACACUUCUUGUGGGUAACAAGUACAGAAACCAGAAAGAAAAAGGGACUCAAAAUAGUAAACUUCUGAUGCACGAUGCACCAGUGGGGAGUUUUGGACAUUUUUCUUAAUCACAUUUUCUUUGUCUUUGUCUCUUAUUAUUAAACUGUUGAUUAAGCCCUACUUAAAUGGCCAGGCAGUACAGACUAAAUGGGCAUGAGAACCAAACGGCACACACCUGAGUGACCAUGGCAAUACUGUCUGGGACAACAGCUCAGAUAUGUUGUUUAAAGCCUUUUCUUUUUAAACCAGUCUUAUUCUUGUGAAGAUGAAAAGCUUGCUAUUUAAUUUUUUUUAUUAUUUUUAUGUUUUACACAGAGGAAAUGACUGUAAUAAUUAAGUAGUCCAGCACCUCAUUUUGAUUGGAUGAUUAAAUGUUUACAUCUUUAGCACAAUGUGCCAACAUUUUCCUUCCCGUUUUCUCUGUAUGAAGAAGAAUGAGAAGGGGGGAAAAAAGUCUUUGGAAAUGCAGAAUGAGUCGCAGAUAACUCGUUACACAUUUGCUGAUAGUAUAUGUUGAGUGGCUCUUUUUUCUUCCCAGUCUUGGUUAGACCUGCAGGACACGCCGGGGCUAGGACAUCUCUUAGCUGCUGAUCUGGUGUCAGUCUAUAAUGGAUACAGGGAACAAAAUUGGCACUUUUCUUAUAUGAUGUCUUUAACCAACUGUGUGUCUGUAUGUGUUAGCUUAAAGCACCAAUCAAAGAGAGGGAGAAUAUUGUCAAUCUUGCAGACAGGCAUCUUUAUUAGCAUUAAAAGGGGGGUGUAUAACUGAACACCAGUCAGUGAACAAGAGCAUCUACCCCACUGAGCCAGUAGGACUUUAUUCAUACUCAACGUGUUUUUGAAGGGAAACAAUCAACAGCUUUAUUUGAUGAAGUUUAACAUGAGGAGUAAAGGUCAAGCUUUGUGUUCUCUCAGCUUUCCCCCUAAACGGAGCAGAGUUAUGUCAUGUCACAGGAGGGAUGCCUUCCACCUUCAGCCCACCUCAAAUCCCUGGCCUCAAAUACCCAUUUAGGAUUAACAGAAGAAGAGCCUCCUCUGAUAUGUGAAAAUCCCUGCUGAGACAUGCAGCUCAGGACUACUUAAGUUCCUGAGUGACAGUAACAGUGAGUGUGAACAUGCACAUAAGACAAAAUACUGUAAAAGUCAACCAGUAAUGACCGAUAAAAGGUGAAACUAAUCAAUGAAGUGAUGGGGUGAUAAUGUGUUUUCUAAAAGGAUUGGGGCUUCAUUGAACGUCUGUGGUAGCUGAUAUGGCACGAGGGGUCACACAUGUAAAAGUGUAUAUUUUUGUAUAUACCGACAUCAGUGUGUGUACAGUAUGUACAUAUAUACACAGUGUACUCAGCCGCGGUUCCUAGGUUUAUUGUCAGACUGUACAGCGCUUCUAACUGUCCCCUGUUUUAUAGAUACUGCAGAAAUUCAACUUUGAAUGAAUGAGGAGAAAUGAUUAACUUAAAUAAAUGCAUUUAUAUAUAUAUAAACUAAA